UGGGGGAAAGUCUCUCUGCUGCAAAGCUCUUCACACAGAGGAGUGACCAGCAGGUACAGAGGAAGGACAGAGCCCUGCAGAGCACCUGCCUGGACAUCACACUGGUCACCACAUCUCAGACACCAGUUACACGCUCCCAUCUGGCGACAGACCCUGGGGCCAUUCACAGAGGGGGCCAGAAAUGGUAUACACCAUGCUUGGACUGUCUGAAGGACAUCUGGAUAUAAGGCUCACUUUGGCAAUGUGAUACUGCUCAGUCUGUGUGGGUUUUUUUUUCUAUUCGGCCUCUCGUACUGUAUUAUAAAAGAGGGUUUUAAUCCUCCUGCCUCACAAGCAGCGACAUCUCAUUUGCACCCCAGCGGCAUUCUUUCCCAGCCAGAGAAAGAAAGAAGGAGCCUUGCUUUUAAAAGGGGCUCCCUCAUUGCACACACACACAGCUCCAUGUGUUUGCUGUCUCACUGCUUUCUAUGUCUUUUCAUUUGCUCCUAAAAAAAGGGGCUCGCUUCCCUCUCCAUACAAAGACCGGAGCCGGAGGAAUUGUGACAAAACCCUAAUUCUCCUUCUGCAAAAAAAAAAAAAGGAUUCCUUUAAAAAUUUAAAGGAGAAAAAAAAACAAAAAAAAAACACUACAACCAGGACUCCAAGAUGAAGCCUUACCUCAAUGCAGGUCUGGAUCUCUUCUGGGAUUUUGGAACUGUCUAAAAUCAAUGAAAGCGAUUCUGCGUUUUAUGAUCUCAAAAUUCUUUUUUUGAAGGAUUGUAAAAAAUUAAAAUUUAAAAUUUUUUUUUUUCUGAAGUAGCUGCUGUCCCCAGAAGUUUAAGACUUAGAACUUGGAAAACUGCACGGUUUGGAUAACGCUCUCAGCAUAGCUCCCUGCCUCCUAUAAUUUUCCCAAUUUGAAAGGAUUAAUUUUAAUUAUUUUUAUACCGUUGGCUCCUGCCGGAGCCCAGACUGUAUUGCAGAGUCUAGACAAGUUGUCCUGGAUGUCACCAUGGGGAUGGAGACUAUUCCACUGUGAAUUUUUAUGUCCUGUGAGCCAGAUCCUUCACCGGAGUAAGAAAGAAGAGAGAGGGAAGGGGGAGGACUGAGAAGUUGGAGAAAGGGGUUAAUUAAAUAUCUUUGCUUUCCUUGUGUGGUUCUCCUUGCUGACGGACACAGCUACCUCUCUGUGAGAAACUUCCUGGCUCCACAAGGCUGGAGAUCACAUACAGUAUAUCCAUCUGUGUCACACAGGCCGCUGAUCUAUUUAAAGCAUCUUCUCUGGACUUUGUGUCUAUUUCUGAGCUCCACCAAACAGGCCGAGGAAAGAAUAUAAGAGAUUUGUUUGGGGAAAUCACAUUACUAGGACCCAUGUGCUCUUGCAUAAGCUACACUUCCUAAGGGCUCUCCUUGGAUUAUUUGCAAAAAUUUGCUCUUUCCAUUGACAGUUGAAAAGUUUUUUUCAAGACAAAAACUCCAGUGGGAGGGGGGUGGGAGAACUUAGUUCUUCUCUGAAGGGGGCAAAAAAAUCAUGAAGAGGAUAAAUCUGCCUCAAGCAGUUCUUCUUUGCUCCUGCCUGGUUUUGGUGCACCAUCAGGGGUCCUGCCAACCAUUUCUUAGGUUUCGACCUUCUCCGAGUGGAGACUUACCUGUCUUACCUGUUAUUGAGCAGCCGGAUCCCGAGCAGGAUCCCAAAGAGCAGGACUUGGAUGAGAGGACAUUGAGGAAGAAACUUGGCAGCAACUUUGACCCAAACUUUAUGGCGGUGGUUUUGCCCAAUCUUGUAAACAUGUCCAACCAGGAUUCAUUGACAAAAACUAGAACCCUUGGCUCGCUACCAAUUGAGCUCAAGAAGAUGGACCUGAGUGAAGCACCUUAUGGUGGCAGGAUCAAGAUAGGCAAGAAAGCCAGGCGGAAAUUCUUACAGUGGUUGUGGGCUUACACCUACUGCCCGGUACUGUACACCUGGAAAGACUUAGGGAUCAGGUUUUGGCCGAGGUUCAUCAAGGAAGGACAAUGCUUUGGAGAGAAGUCUUGCUCCUUACCAGAGGGUAUGUACUGCAGGCCCCAUAAAUCUGUCACUAAGAUUUUCUUACGGUGGCACUGCCAGGGCUGGUCCAGACAACGGUUCUGCACAUGGAUCCCUUUCCAGUAUCCGAUACUAUCAGAGUGCAAGUGCUCGUGUUAACUGCUGCUCCUCAGUGAAAGGACGCUAGAGCUGAAUGGGCCACUGGUUAAUCCUUGCACUGUUGAGGACAAGAAUCCUGGUGCCUUUUUUUGCCAUUGACACUGGGGAAGUGGAUAGUGAAUACGACCACAAUUCAACUGGUUGACAGCAGAAAACAUUGGAGGUGGGGGAGUGGAAUCCCUUAACCCCUUUUGGGCUAUGCCAUGGAGUCACUUACCAAGGUACUCACGAAAAAGAGGCCAGACAGGGACAAAUGAGAAGAACAAAAAAGAAAAAGGAAUUAUUGCCAUAAAUUAAUAUUUUUGUUUCUUUCUGUUGGGUUAAAUAACCAAUUUAUGCAGUAUUAAAAAGAGAUAGAAAGUGUUAUCUUCCCCAACCUUGCACUGUUGAUAAGUAUAAUUAUUCAUAUUAUUAUUAUUGUAUUAUUGCUAUGUAUAUUAUUUUUAAAAGCUUGAUAAAAAAAAGCCUCCAGAACUAAGCACCUCCAAACAGAUGUUUUAUUUUUAUAUGUAAUAUAGCUUUUUAACAUAAUUAAAAAAAAAGAGUGAAAAAAAGGAAACCGUACAAACAAAACAGAAAAGAGAAUCUAAAAUUCGAGUCACCGGCUUUUUGUAAAUAAAAUAGAUUUUUUAACAUAAUAUUGAUGUAAUUUUUUUUCUCUUUACACUUUUGCUAGCUGUAUUUUAUUUUUGGAGGGUAUUUGCAUAAUAUGAAACAUAUGGACCACAUAUUUUUAUUCUAUCAAUCUAUCUACUUAAUAUUUAGCUAUCUGUCAUCUAUCUAUCUAUCUAUCUAUUUAUCUCAUAUCUAUCUAUCUAUCUCUCAUAUCUGUCUAUCUAUCCCAUAUCUAUCUAUCUAUCUAUCUA